AUGCAAAGCACAUUUAAUAAUGACCAGGAGGGGAUUAAUAACUGCAUGACUGAAUUCAUCAAUAUCCUAAUCAAUGCACCUCAAAAGUCACUAAGAAUCAAAAGAAAGAAAUCUAGAAGAAAAAUAACAAAUGUACAAAAUAAAAAAUGGUUUGAUAAAGAACGUAAAUUCAAAAGGCAUGCAGUCUGUAAACUUGCAAAUAAGAAACACAGGGACCCAACAAAUAUAAAUAUAAGAAAUGAAUACCACACUGCUCUAACAAUUUACCAAGAAACCUUAGAAAUUAAGAAAAACCAAUUUCAAAAUGAUAAGUUAAUUGAAUUAGAAAGAACUGCAGAAAACAACCCAAACUCCUUUUGGAAAACUCUACAAAAUAUAUCAGCUGAAAUAAAAAAUACUGAUAGUAACCACAGCAGUCCAACAGGUGAUGAAUGGUACAAUCAUCUCUCAAAACUACAUAGCAAACAUCAAAUGAAUCAAGACCAUGAAGAAAUUAUCAAAAUUCUAAAAGAUAAGGAAAAAUCUAAAGAAGAAUAUAAUACACUUGACACAGAUAUCACCGAAUAUGAAAUUUGCAACACUGCAUUGAAAUUAAAACUGAGAAAAGCUGUAUAUUCAGACAAAAUAAGUAGCAAAAUGACAAAAUGUAGUACAGACAUCCUUUCAGAAGGGUUUAUUAAACUGUUCAACAAAAUCAUCAACACAGGCAUUUUUCCCCAAUCAUGGUGUGAAGGUCUCAUUACCCCAAUUCUCAAAUCAGAAGACAAACAAGAUCCAAAUAAUUACAGGGGAAUUUGUAUUUCCAGCUCUCUCUAG